AUGUUCAUCACAAACUAUGUUUUACGUGCAAAACGGGAACUUAUCAAAACCAAUCUUGGUGGUCACGAGACUAACGCACAUGUAGCAGGAGAUGACAAUAAAAUAAAUUUCUAUGGCAAGCCAGAAUCACCAGAAGAAACAACAUUAAUUCGUAAGGCAGGGGAUCAGGUUUCGAAAAUCCUAGAAGGAGGUACUAGCAUCGUAGUUGCUCCAGCAAAAUGGCUUGCCAACAUUCAAGAUAACUGGUAA